AUGCCUGGCUAUAUCCAGAACUUGCGAAAGGACCAUUUGGAGGACGAGGAAGAGCCACUUCCAAAUGUGGUGGAAGUCUUGUUGCUGCAGUGGUCCCAAGGUGAGAUGUCUGCAGCUGCUGUGCAGAGAGUUGCACAGGCCAUGGUCCUAGACGGUAACAGACAAGAAGCUGUCAUGGAGCUGGCCGCCCUGGGCUCUCAAGGAGCCUACCCGGGCAACAUUUCCAGGGAUUUAAAGAACAAGUAUGCCAAGCAGGUGAAAGUGGCAGAAGCUUUCAACAUCACAGUGCCUGUGAUUGAUCCCAGGGCAAACCCCAGACAAAGCCUGGAACCAGCUGGGCUUUUGCUCCCGCAUGACGUGGUUUGCAGCAUCGGCCUGCACUAUCCCCAGAAUUUCCACCACAUUUUUGGAACCCACGACCUGGAAAGGUUUUGGUCGCAAGUCAAAGAGGAUGACUUUCACUGGGGGCCGGACUUGGAGCGCUCAGACAUUGACCCCAAGUUCACAAUCCCCAUGUGGCUUCAUGGAGAUGGUGUUGCUUUUGGUGAAAAGGAUUCCUUGAUGGUUUUGUCCUUCGGCUCCCUAACAAGUAGUGCUUCGCCCAGCUCCGGUUGUUUGUUUUCGGCUGCUUUUGCCAAGAAGGUGACCUUGGCAUCUCCCAAGGACUCAACUGCAGACACAUGGAGAAACAUUUGGCUACCCCUGGCAUGGUCAUGGGAAGCACUCAUAGCAGGCAAGCAUCCUGAGAGGGAUCACGAAGGAAAGCCAUGGCAGCCGGGGAGUCGCAGGGCCAACUUGGCAGGCAAAGACCUGCUUCCCAGUGGCCCAUGGCGAUGUUUGCUGUGGACACUCGUUGGCGAUUACGAGUAUAUGGCUAACACAUUGAAACUGCCACACUGGAAGAGCAAUGCACUCUGCGGUUGGUGCGAUGCCGAUCGCUCAAAGCCGGCGAAAAAUCCGUGGAAGUUUGACAAGCCAGGGUGGAAGUGCAAGGGGCCGAAUGACUUUGCUGACGCCCCAAUCUGGAGAGAGAUUCAUCCGAUUUUCCAAAUCCGUGGAGUCCAUGACUUGUCGGUGCAGUUGGAUGUUCUGCACUUGCUUGACUUAGGAACUUCCCAAGCCUUUGCUGCCAGCAUCGUGAAGGAGCUGCUGUACUAUGACAUGACUGACAGUGUGGAAACGAACUUGGGCAGGUUUUGGGAACAGGUUUGGAAUGAGUACAAUUCCACAGGUGCCACAUGUAGAAUUUCCAACUUGACAUUGGGAAUGGUGGUCAACACCGGGUCGCCUCAUGCCGACUACCCGCACCUUCGCUUGAAGGCAGCAGAAACGAGACACUUCAUCCCCGUCCUGUCCAAGAUUUGCUUCCGUUUUCUUGGCAGCAAGCAGCAAAGAGUGCGAGCUGAGGCAGCACAAGCUUUGACACAGUUCUAUGAGCACUUGGACUGUUGUGACUAUGUUCCGACUAGCAGACAGCACAACAUGCUGGAGAAACUCUGGUGGGAUUUCUUGAAGAAAUACCAGUGGCUCAGCGAAGAUGCUGCUAAGAAGUCUCUCAAGCUGUACGAUCCGAUCCCGAAGUUUCACUACUCUUCGCAUUUGCCUGCACAAGCAUUUUAUUUGAACCCCCGAAAGUGCUGGACUUACAAGAAUGAGGAUUUCGUGGGCUCUGUGGCAUCAGUUGCUGCAUCAUGUGCAUUUGGCACCCGUGCGCCUGCACUGUCUUUGAAAGUAGCGGACAAGAUGCGGUUUUACAUGCAUUUCCUGAUGAGCUUCCAGCACGAGGAUUAG